CUUCAGAUCAGGAAAUCAUUCUUAGGACUUUGCACGGGAUCAAUUGACUUAAAAGAACAUUUUGCCUUAAAUGUAGAGUUUUCUUUACUGGGAGUUUGAAGUUAACAGGAUGAAUAAGGUGAUUUUGGUAACAGGAGCCAAUAGUGGCAUUGGCCUGGCACUGUGUGAGCGUCUCCUUUCAGUGGACACAGAGGGUCUCCAGCUUUGUCUGGCCUGCAGGAACAUGCGCAGGGCUGAAGCUGCUCGUUCAGCUCUCCUCACCUCUCACCCCAAAGCCCAGGUGGCCCUGCUGCAGAUGGACACCAGCAGCAUUUCCUCCGUCAUCAGUGCUGCACAGGAGGUCAAAAAGAGGUACGACCGGCUGGACUACCUUUACCUGAACGCAGGGAUCAUGCCAAAUCCACAGUUUGAUGCAAAUGCCUUUUUCAAAGGCCUCUUCUCCAGAAAUGUCAUCACAAUGUUUGCCACCGGAGAGGGGAUUCUGACGCAGCAGGAUGGUGUUACCCCUGAUGGCCUCCAGGAAGUUUUUAUGACAAAUCUCUUUGGCCACUUUCUUCUUCUCAGGGAGCUGGAGUCAAUGCUGUGCCGUGCAGGCCGGACCUCCCAGCUGGUCUGGACCUCCUCUAGUAAUGCUCAUCGUUCGGCCUUUAGUCUCGAAGACAUUCAACAUAAAAAAGGCACUCAGCCUUACAGCUCUUCCAAAUAUGCCUCUGACCUGCUCAGCCUCGCACUCAAUACACACUACAAUAAACAGGGUUUGUACUCAUCUGUGAUUUGUCCUGGUUUUGUGAUGACCAAUCUGACCUACAACAUCCUGCCCUCCUUCCCAGCAUUCCUCUGGACACUGUUUACGCCUAUCUUCUGGCUUAUAAGAAUGUUCACAAACACUUUCACAUUGACACCUUAUAAUGGAGCUGAAGCUCUGUUUUGGUUGUUUAAGCAAAAGCCUGAAUCAUUGGACCCAUAUGCAAAGUAUCACAGCUUAACAUCAGGGCUAGGGAACAACUACACACAGCCCCGUAAGAUGGACAUUGACUUGGAGACAUCGGAGUCUUUGUAUGAGAAAUUACUGCAGCUAGAAAGAGAAGUAAGGAAGAAACUGAAGGACGAACAAAAGGAAAGCCCACCGUGAUCCCCCAAAUCCUGCAGGAUCACCUUGAUGCAUAUCACCCAGUUCUGGAUGGAAAACAUUUUAUUCCGUCUCACAGGUCUCCUGGGAGGAUUAUGUGCUCUGGCUGUCAGAAAAAUAACACACCUCUACCUGUCACAGCAACCCGCAAGCCUGAAUUUUAAGUGGGAACUGAUGAGUGUGGUGCAUGUUCUGACAGCAUACAGUUUGAUUUAACAAUACAAAUAAGCACUACCUGUUCUGCUAAUUAUUAUUCAGAGAGUUAACAAAUUAUCAGAACCUACUAACACAGUUUUGGAGUCUAAAUACACAGAAAUAAAUGUGAUCACCACUA